AUGCUUACCCUGAAUGUCUCUCACAUCAAUCAUCACAGUUUUAUACUGACAGGUAUACCAGGAAUGCCAGAGAAGAAUCCUUGGAUGGCAUUCCCUCUGGGACUCCUCUACACUCUCACUCUUCUUGGCAAUUGCACCAUCUUGUCCAUUAUUAAGAUGGAUAGAAGCCUUCAUGAGCCCAUGUACUACUUUCUCUCCAUCUUGGCACUGUCUGAUGUGGGUCUCUCCAUGUCCACCCUGCCCUCCAUGCUCAGCAUUUUCUGGUUCAAUGCCCCUGAAAUCCCCUUUGACGCCUGUAUCACUCAGAUGUUCUUUAUCCAUGGAUUUGGAGUGGUGGAAUCUGGGGUGUUGGUAUCCAUGGCCUUUGAUCGCUUUGUGGCUAUUCGAGAUCCUCUGCGUUAUGCUUCAGUCCUUACCUCUGGGGUCAUUGGCAAGAUAGGAUUAGGUGUCAUUGCCCGAGCUGUCUGUGUGGUCUUCCCUGUGCCAUUUCUGAUCAAGAGGCUGCCUUUCUGCAGUUCUAAUGUCCUCUCCCACUCUUACUGCCUCCACCAGGAUGCCAUGCGACUUGCUUGUGCUAGCAUACGUGUCAAUAUCCUUUAUGGCCUAAUCACUGUCAUUUGUACUCUGGGACUGGAUGCUCUUAUUAUUCUCUUCUCUUAUAUGCUUAUCUUGAAGACUGUACUAGGUAUUGCCUCAUGGGCUGAGAGGCUCAAGGCCUUCAAUACCUGCCUCUCCCAUAUCUGUGCUGUGUUGCUCUUCUAUGUACCCCUCAUUGGUGUCACCAUGGCCCACCGUUUUGGGAAGCAUCUGUCACCCAUUGUGCACACACUGAUGGCCAAUGUGUAUCUAUUACUCCCACCUGUGCUUAACCCCAUCAUCUACAGUAUAAAGACCAAACAGAUUAGAAAGCGGAUAGUCCAACUAUUCAUUAGGAGAAAAGGCAGGACUUAG